AUGCAUUCAAGGAAAAUGUAUAGGGAGAAUCAGGGCUUGGCAAAAUCAGACCAACCUUUUCUAAGUUCUGAGGAUCGUCGCUUUCUCCGAGAAUCCAUAGGAAGUACAGAAAACUACAUACCAUCUGCUUCAAGCAACGCAGAUGGAAAGGAGCUAGUUAUGGCAACAGAUCAGCUCCCAGAAGAAUCUGAAGAGGAGGACCAUGGUCUGGAACCUGCUCGAGAGGAGAUGACUGAGCCACAAACAUACAAUCCACAAAAAAAGGGGGCACAAAACUCAGAUGAGGUGAUGGAGCAGAUUACUGAAAAAACAAGAGAGGCCUUUAAUUUCCUAACUAAAGGUGAAAAUCAGAAAGCAAUUGAUUUACUUUCCAGUGUCAUCAAGCUGAAUCCGUACCUUGCCAGCUCAUACAUUAACAGAGCCAGUGUCUUUUUGCAGCUACAAAAGCCGAAUGUGGCCAUUAGCGACCUUGAUAGAGCUAUUAAACUCGAUCCUAAUUCAGCACAGGCCUAUAAAUUCCGAGGAAAAGCCCUCCAGCUUUUGGGACAAUUAAAAGAGGCAGCCUGUAACAUUUCCUUGGCUUGUAAAUUGGAUUCUGAGGGUCAGGCAAAACUUGAGAGGGAGGGAGAGUCCAAUGAAGAAGUGGAGAGUGCUGAGAGUGAGCUGGAGAUAGAUAAUGAAGGGAUGGUCAAAGCAGAAGAAGAUGACCCCCCAGAGAUGGGAGAUGAGAAUUUGAAGGUAACUAGUGACAUGAUGAAGCAGGCUGAUGAAAAGAAGAAGGAGGCUUCUGAUGCGGUGGGAAGAGGCGAAUUUCAAAGAGCUAUUCAGCUCUUCACUGAUGCCAUCAAACUGAAUCCACACCUUUCUUCUUUGUAUGCCAACCGAGCCAGUGUCUAUGUGAAGCUGCAGAAACCAAAAGCUGCCAUUAGAGACUGUGACAAAGCCACAAAAAUCAACCCAGAUUCUGCACAGCCCUACAAGUGGAGAGGGAAAGCAUAUUGGCUCCUGGGUCACUGGCAGCAGGCUGCCAAGGACCUUGCAUUGGCCUGCCAGCUGGAUUACGAUGAAGAUACCAAUGACAUGUUGAAGGAGGUUCAGAGAAGAGUCCAGAAAAUCACGAAACACCAGAGAAGGUAUGAGGAAGAACAACAGGCAAAUAAAUCAAUAGAUGCAUUGCCAAGGGUGAGAAAAUCCAUGGCAGAAGAGGAGAGGGUUCAGCUUCUGACUUCUCAAGAAGAGGAGGAAGCUCAUCCUCAGAAUGUCAAAAAGCACAAACAGGUUCACUUGUGGACCUCCCAGGAACGUGAUAAUGACUGUUUUAGGGAAUCUGAGGAGCAAAAGCAAUAUCCACUGGAAGCCUAUGAAGAGAACAAGUUUCACCUGGAAGCCCCACGUAGAGCUGAAAGAGACGAAGAGCCCAGUGGAGAACCAAAGAGUGAGGACAGUGAACUCAAUACUCAAAAUGAACGAGUGGUUGAAGAGGAUGAAGAAGAUCUUCAGCAAAUGGGAGAUGAAAACCUGAAGAUAACUAACAGUAUGAUGAAGCAGGCCGAUGAAAAGAAAAGGGAAGCCUUUCAUGCACUGGGAGCAGGUGAACUUCACAAAGCUGUCGACUUGCUCACUGACGCUAUCAGACUGAACCCACAACUUGCAGUCCUGUAUGUAAAUCGAGCCAGUGUCUAUGUGAAGUUGCGGAAACCAAAAGCUGCCAUUAGAGACUGUGACAAAGCUAUAAAAAUCAACCCUAACUCUCCACAACCCUACCAGUGGCGAGGGAAAGCAUUCCAGCUCUUGGGUCGCUGGCACAAGGCUGUCAGAGACCUUGAACUGGCCUCCCAGCUGGGUUGUGCUGAAGACACCAAUUCCAUGCUAAUGGACAGUCAGAGAAAAGUCCAGAAAAGAAAGCAAAAGGAAGAUGACUUUGUGGAUGUAGCAGAGCAGAUGAAGAAAGAACCAAAGGAUCCAGGAGUAAGAACUAAGAAAGCCCCUGAAGAUAUGGAAGGAGUUAAUAAAGUGGCCUUGGAGGAACAUGACGGUUCUCAGGAGAAGGACAAAUCUUGGGAAGAGGCCAUGGAGAAAGAACAGAUACAAGUCAAGCAGAAGAUGUUAGCUGAGCGGGAGAGCACACUACAGGAGAUGACAAAUCAACAGGAGCAGCUAGUCCAAAAGGCCCUGCAGGAAGCAGAGCAGCACCUGGAACUCGAGCAACAGUUGAUUGCUUUGCAGAUGGAGUUGGAAGAACAGUUCAAAACUCAGCAGAUAGGGCUAGAGGAAGAGGAAAAAGCCCUAUGGAAGGUUCUUGAGCAACAGGAGAAGGCACAGAAGAAACUGUUAGAAGAACAAGAGAGAAACCAGCUGAAGGCUCUACAGGAACUGGAGAAGGUGCAACAGCAGGCUCUAGCAGAACUGAUAAAAAUUCAGAAGCAAGGCAAGGAAGAACAGGAGAGAGCUCAGAAGAAAUUCUUGGAGGAAAAAGAGACAGCUGAGAAAGCCCUAGAGGAUCUAGCAAGAGCUCAAAAAAAGGCCCUGGAAGAACUGGAGCUGGCUCAUAAAAAUGCUCUGGAGGAACUGGAGAACGCUCAUAGUAAGGCUCUACAAGAGCAAGAAAGGGCUCAGAGGGCUGCGUUAGAAGAACAGAGGAGAGCUCAGAAGGCCCUAGAGGAACUGCAGAGAUCACAAAGAAGAGCUGUGGAGGAGCAGGAGAGAGCUCAAAUGAGGGCUCUCAGAGAACAAGAGAGAGCAAAGGAAACCCUGGAAGAACUUGCAAGAACACAGCAACAAGCCUUAGAGGAACAAGAGAAAGCUAAGAAUGAGGUUGUACAGGAACAAAAGAAAGCUCAUAAGAUCUUGGAGGAGCUGGAGAAAGCACAAAAAAAGGCCCUAGAAGAACUAGAGAGAGCUAAGAAAGAGAUCCUGAAUGAGCAAGAGGAAGCUCAGAAGAAAGCUCUGGAGGAACAGGAGAGGGCUCAGAAAGCCCUGGAGCAACUGGAGAGAUCCCAGAAACAGUAUAUUGGAAGACAAGGGAACGUUAAGAAGAAAGUCUCUGUGCACUGGGAAAGACCAGAAAAAAACCUUCCUGGGGAAAAGGUGCAAUUUCAGAAAAAUGCCAAAGAAGAAUGUGGGCCAGCCAGCAAUAUAUUCUCUGGAGAUUUGGAAAUAACUCAGAAGAAAGACCUAAGAGAUCAGGCAAAGGCUUCUUUGCAGCAGGGGAGAGAUUGGGAUAAAGAAGGAGAAGAGAGUGAAGGUCAGAGGGCUGUUCUGGAGGAAGUGCCAAGUCCUGGGAGGAGUACAGACCAACCAAAAGGUUCACUGAGGCCAAUUGCAAAGUCCGUAUGGGACUUCUUUGAAUCAGGGUAG